AUGGCUAGCACAGUAGGACAGACCAUCACUUGCAAGGCUGCGGUUGCCUGGGGUGCUGGUGAGCCCCUCUCCGUCGAGGACAUCGAGGUCCUUCCUCCUCGCGCUGGUGAGGUUCGCAUUCAGAUUCACCACACCGGUGUCUGCCACACUGAUGCCUACACUCUUUCUGGCAAGGAUCCUGAGGGUGCUUUCCCCGUCGUCCUGGGUCACGAGGGUGCCGGUGUUGUGGAGUCCGUGGGCGAGGGUGUAACUUCCGUCAAGGUUGGCGACUACGUCGUCGCUCUCUACACCCCGGAAUGCCGUGAGUGCAAGUUCUGCAAGUCCGGCAAGACCAACCUGUGUGGUAAGAUUCGUGCCACUCAGGGUAAGGGUGUCAUGCCUGAUGGAACUUCGCGUUUCCGGGCUCGCGGCAAGGAUUUGCUGCACUUCAUGGGUACCUCCACCUUCUCCCAAUACACUGUCGUCGCCGAUAUCUCCGUUGUCGCUGUCACCCCUAAGAUUUCCACCGACCGCUCCUGUCUGCUCGGCUGUGGUAUCACCACCGGUUACGGUGCUGCUGUCGUGACUGCCAAGGUCGAGGCAGGCUCCAACGUGGCUGUCUUCGGUGCUGGCUGUGUUGGUCUGUCCGUCAUGCAGGGUGCCGUCAAGAACAAGGCUGGUAUGAUUAUUGCUGUCGAUGUCAACGACGGCAAGGAGGCCUGGGCCCGCAAGUUCGGUGCCACCCACUUCGUUAACCCCACCAAGCUCUCUGGCAAGACGAUCCAGGAGCACCUAAUUGAGAUGACUGACGGCGGCUGCGACUACACCUUUGACUGCACAGGUAACGUCGGCGUCAUGCGCGCUGCUCUUGAGGCCUGCCACAAGGGUUGGGGUGAGAGCAUUGUUAUCGGUGUGGCCGCCGCUGGCCAGGAAAUUUCCACUCGGCCAUUCCAAUUGGUCACCGGUCGUGUAUGGAAGGGAUGUGCAUUCGGUGGUAUCAAGGGCCGUACUCAACUCCCUGGUCUGGUUGACGACUACCUGAACGGCGAGCUGAAGGUUGAUGAGUUCAUCACUCACCGCGAGCCUCUCUCCAACAUCAACACUGCCUUCGAGCAGAUGAAGCAGGGUGACUGUGUCCGCUGUGUCGUGGAUAUGAAAUAA